GCCCCUGAACCACGUCCACGUUCCAUGAUCACUCAUUUGGAAUCGGAAGUUUCAUCUCUGCCACAAGAAGAGUGGUCACGGAUGGAUGCCACAGCAACUUUGAGAAGACCACGACAACCACAUCACUCAGAUGGUGAACAUUUUAACUGGACAGACACAAGUACUAUAAAGCGAAGACCCAAAGCAUUGGCUCCACCACAAAGUAAUGGCACUGAUGGAAAUGGGCCAGAGAACUUUCGGAGAAGGCCUGUAUCAGAAGCUUGUGUUGGAGAUGGUGGUAGGGAGGAAGAACUGCAUCAUGAUGGCUUUGGCUCUCUUCCCAGACAAAUACUAAAACCCCCAGUUUCACCUAAACCAGCAAUGGCCCUUCGAAAACCAGAUCUCCCAACUCCUACAAGGAGGGUUCCCUUACCUGGACCCGAAGGUCAACAUAGUCCAGUGGAGGUUAAGAAAGUCCCACCUCCAGUAUCUCCCAAGCCGAGUCCGCCUCCUACACUGCCCAAACCGGUAAAAAUCAAACUAAUCCAUACAAUCGGAACUCCUGGCUCUCUUCAGGCAGAUGUUCUCAGCCCAUCCAGUGCCUCCUUCAGCCAAGCUCCAUCUGAGCAACUGGAGCAUCCUCCACAGACUAUGAGUCCAGUCACCCCAAAACCAGUGGAUGGGAGCAUGCUUUCCCCACGUUCAGCAACGUCUCCAGCUCAGAGCCCACAGACUCCUCAGACACCUCAAACCCCACAAACACCUUCUACACCAGGUUCAGGAUCAGCUCCAGUGAAGCCCCCGAGGUCUUCCAUGGCUGGUCUCUCAGUGGACAUCCCAAGCCCUCUGGAAGUAGAACUGCCUGGAGUGGAUGUGCAAAGCAAGCUAAGAGAAGUAGAGAAACAAAGAGAGGAAGAUGACGGUAGAAGGGAUGAAAGAGUAGAGGAAGUUGGAAUUGCUAGAAUGGAAAGGACAGGUCUGAUCAAGAUGGAUCAAAUGUUUCAAGGUGAACAAGGCCUGAUUUCAGAUACAGGGGAAGGAGCAGGGCCAGUAGUAAUGAAAAUGAGGAAGGUAGGUGUAGCUAGACAGACACAAGUAGAGGGUGAACCACAAGAUGGAGAAGGAAAGACAGAGGUGGAAAGCCAAGGGUUACUGAAGGUUGCUGAAACAGGGGGAUCUGCUUCAGGGGACAUGGUACAACUCAGACUGGAGGAGACCAGUGCAUCCCUGGCUGCUGCUCUGGAAGUAGUAGAGGAAAAGAUUAAGAAGGAUGACAGCUCCAUUGUGGACAACAAGAGCACAGUCAACAUUCUCGAUGACAUUGGCAGCAUGUUUGAUGAUCUUGCGGAUCAGUUGGAGGCCAUGUUAGAUUAAAAACCCAAAGGUAUACCAGAUUCCACAGGGAGUGUGACACACUUAAGCUUCUUGAUGUUUCUCAGUGAGGACCACCAGGAUGCCAUCUCAGCAGGAUUGGAAACUCAAUAGGGCAAAUGAAUCUCUUCCAUUGCGACAUGUUUAAAAGUCAAACUACAACUGAGCAUCUCUAAGAAAAAGCCUAAUUGUUGACUAAUGUUUUUCUCAAAUCCCUUUCAUUCUCCCCCAGCCUUUCCUCUAGUGGCCAGAGUAGGUAUUGCAAGUAUGUAUCCUGACCUGCUGUCAUGCUGCUUCCAGAUAUAAGCACAAAAUUAAGAGAGACUAUGUGACAAGCUUUCUAGAUAUUAUUUAAGCAGAGAAAUGCUAAUAUGUAUGUGUGUGUAUAUGUGUGUACUACACGUCGGGUGAGAGUUGAAUAUCGAUAAAUAUAUUUCUCUUGAUGGCAGUGGUAAGAGCAGUAAGGUAAGUCAUUUUCUCUUUUAUGAUGUUAGGAAGCUGUGUUGUUCUUUUCCACAUCUCUGCUGAGAGCUUGUCCACAUUGUAAAGGGGAACUUUAAAUUUCACCUUGUGGUCUUCAGCUGGAAAGUUUACUAAACACUUGGUUUGGACUAACUAUAUGAAGAGCACAACCCCAUUUAUUAUCCUGAAGAUAUUUAGACAUUUUUGGACUAUUUGGUCCCUUGAAGCAUAAUGAAGAAAAGCUUUGGACUUGAAAAGGUAUAUUGUAAUCUUUAUGUAUGUUAUUAUUGUUGUUGCUGUUGUUGUUGUUGUUGUUGUUGUUGUUGUUGUCGUCAGUGUGUGUGAAUGUUUGACUGUGUAGUGUAGUUCUUGCAUUGACAAAUCCCACCCUGCCCAAGGUAUAAUACAUAGAUAUAGACAGAAUUCAGAAUAAGAUGCUGGAAAGAGUAGUGUAUAUAUGACAUAUAAGUUAUAGAUAUCAUUGAUAGUCUAGAGUAUGGAAUGCAUCAAUAUGGAAUGCUACAGACACCUGCUCAUUCCUAAUGUGCUCUAAUAAGUGUUUAUGUGUGUUUGUUUGUGUGGUAGGAGGGGAGGUCAGUUUGAGAGUGAGAGAAUUAGGAAGUGUAUGUUUAUAGUUUUGGGAAAGAGACUGUAUGUUUGUCUUCUCUUACAAAAAAUGUGCCAUGUUUUUGGACAUGGUACCAUUUGAAGUAGCUUGGAUGACCAUGUUAAUUCUACAGUACAUGUAUAAAGUAAUCAUACAGUACUGUUGUAUUACCAUCUGAUACCAUAGGACCACCACAGUACUUUUUUUGUUGUAAGGGCUGAGUGUGUGUUAAUCUCUUGGACAGUGCAAUUAUUCCUGUUUUGUCAUGCAAACAAAAAAGGCUUGCUGACAGAAGUUGCAUAUUCUAUACAAGUGGAUAAAAUCAGAUAAUAUAAGACUAUGUCAUCACAAGAUGUAUACGACUACAGAGCAAUAUUUUUAUCCAUGCACCAUGUUAUUAAUUUUAGCUUUAUAAGUGAUAUUUAAAACCAGCCACCUGGGAUACAAGAGAACUGAACAUUUUCCGACAAUCAUGACAAUGUUGUCCUUGAUUAUGACCCUGCAAAGUCAAUAGAAAUAGAUGUUGGAAUAUGAAAUCUUUUACAGUGUGAAACUGUGUAAUAAUCAGUCGUUAUUUUGUGUAAACCUUCAGAUGGCAAAUGUGUUUGUCUGACCCUGGUGAAAAAAAAAAAAUCAUCAAAGAUCUCUUCCAUGUAAAAAGCAUUGCGAAUAUGUGGAAAUAAAUUAUGAAUAUAAUCACAG